AUGCAAACGCCGCUGAGCGUCCUCAGAGCACCUGCUCUCCUCGGUCGCUCCGUCCACACAUCAGUCUUCCACGCUACACGACCAUCGCCAGCUUUGUCCUCGGCCCUUGUCCUCUCGCGUCAUGCGUCAUCCGCUGCUUCGACCUCGACCACUCCCACACAGUCGCAAACACCACAGCUUACGUGGGAUGAGUUCCUCAAGCUCCGCCGUACUCGUCGCUUCAUCAACCUUGGCUCCUCUGCACUCAGUGGUGCUGCCAGUAUCGGUGUUGCCGUCCCGGCUUUCGCCGAGUUCGAGAUCGAGAACAUUGGUGCUCAGAUGACUGGCUUGGAUCCCAUGUUCAUUAUUGGUGGUAGUCUGAUGGGUGUUGGUGCUGUUGGCUGGCUGUUGGGUCCUUUCUUGGGUACCACCUUUUUCAACAUCUGGAAGGGAAGCUUGGGGACGUAUUUACUGACCGCAUGUCAAUUACAGAAAGACAAGGAUUUCUACUCGCACAUCAAGAGAUUCCGCGCCGACCCCGCCAGCUCGUCUGUCAACAAUCCGGUGCCGGACUACUACGGCGAGAAGAUCAACAGUGUUGCCGAUUACAGGCGAUGGCUGAAGGACCAGAGAGCCUUUACUAGAAAGAAGAACAAGAACCUGCUUUGA